GUUAGCCAGGCUAACACUAGCGGGCUAACACUGCUUUAUCGAACACGACAUGCACACCAUUAAUAGCAUAAGUCUUACACGGUAAGCGAUACAUAUGUUCAUGUCUUAAUGUCACUUUGCAUAUCGGACGAAAAAACAGAGUUGCACAGUUGGAAAAAUGGUCGUUAGCGUCGUCUGCGACGUGGCCGGCUGUUUGACAGCUUCCUGUUUAGCUAGCAGCAAGCUUAGUGACGGACGAGCACUGUUUUAAGUAGCUUUGAUGAUUGGAAUUGGCCUCUUGUACCUGGAAGUCCCUCUCAAUAUCCAGGCUGUGUCUACUUGACACUUGUAUGACAUCCUGGCAAAUAACCGAUUCCACGUUAACGCUGAAUCCGAGCUGCAAACUAUCGUAGCGAAGAGAGGCUCUAACUUCACCCGUGAAACCACAGGCUGUUGUGAUGUCAGAGCCUAAACCGCCAACUCCGACCCCUGGAGACACGUACAAGGGUUGGCUCUUCAAAUGGACCAACUACAUUAAAGGUUACCAGAGACGCUGGUUUGUUCUGAGCAAUGGACUGCUGUCAUACUAUAGGACCCAGGCAGAGAUGGGUCACACGUGCCGAGGCACCAUCAACUUGGCCACAGCCAAUAUUGCUGUGGAGGACUCCUGCAAUUUUGUCAUUUCCAAUGGAGGGGCGCAGACCUACCACUUGAAGGCCAACUCAGAAGUAGAGCGUCAACGAUGGAUCACUGCUCUGGAGCUUGCUAAGGCAAAAGCCGUCCGCAUGCAGGCUGAAUCUGAUGACUCGGGAGACGAUUGUCCCGCGGUGCCCCCCUCCUCAGGACAGGGUGGAAGCUGCCGUAACGCAGAAGUCCAGUCCACACUACGCACACUCAACAGCAAGGUGGAGGACCUCACCACUUGUAACGAUCUCAUUGUCAAACACGGGUCUGCCCUCCAAAGGUCUUUGUCAGAGCUGGAGGGGAUUCGUGUCGGAGGGGACAUGGGGGAGAAGAUCAGACAAGUUACAGAGAGAGCCACACUGUUCAGAAUCACCUCUAAUGCCAUGAUCAACGCAUGUAGAGACUUCCUCUCCCUGGCCCAGAACCACAGUAAGCGCUGGCAGAAGGCCUUACAGGUUGAAAGAGACCAGAGAAUACGGCUGGAGGAGACUCUGGAGCAGCUGGCCAAACAGCACAACCACUUGGAAAGAGCUUUCAGAGGAGCUACAGUUCUCCCACCUUCAUUCAGCAAUACCGUCUUAGGUAACAAAGGUGGUGUUUCAGGAAAAGGUGAUGCCAGUGAUGAGGAUGAUGACAAUGAGUUCUUUGAUGCUAUGGAAGACCCAGCAGAGUUUAUUACUGUCCCUGCUGACCCCAAGUAUCACAGGAGAUCUGGCAGCAACGUUAGUGGGAUCAGCAGUGAGAUUGGAAUGGACGAUCAGUCGGUAAAUUUCGAUGAACUGUCUUUGGCAUCCAAUCCAGAGUCUCCACAGCCCCUUGAGCUAGAGCCAGUAAGACAAAGACGGACACGUAUCCCCGACAAGCCCAACUAUUACCUCAAUCUGUGGAGCGUCAUGAAGAACUGUAUUGGAAAGGAGCUCUCCAAGAUACCAAUGCCUGUGAAUUUCAACGAGCCCCUCUCAAUGCUGCAGCGUCUAUCUGAAGACCUGGAGUACUACGAGCUGCUGGAUAAGGCUGCUAAAUGUCAAAGCUCUCUGGAACAGAUGUGUUAUGUGGCCGCUUUCACAGUCUCUUCCUACUCCACCACUGUCCACCGCACAGGAAAGCCCUUCAAUCCUCUGCUGGGUGAAACCUUUGAGCUUGACCGGCUAAGAGAGUGUGGCUACCGCUCCCUCUGUGAACAGGUGAGCCACCACCCACCUGCUGCAGCUCACCAUGCCGUCUCUGAAAAGGGCUGGAUUCUCAGACAAGAAAUUACCUUGGCCAGCAAGUUUAGAGGAAAAUAUCUCUCUGUCAUGCCUUUGGGUUCUAUCCAGUGUAUAUUUGACAAGAGCAACAAUCACUACUCCUGGAAGAAAGUGACUACGACAGUACAUAACAUCAUUGUUGGUAAAUUAUGGAUUGACCAGUCAGGGGAGAUAGAUGUAGUGAACCAUCGGACAGGGGAUCGCUGCCACCUUAAGUUCGCUCCCUACAGUUACUUCUCCAGAGAUGUACCAAGAAAAGUAACAGGAGUAGUAACGGAUAAGGAUGGGAAGGCCCAUUACGUGCUAUCAGGAACCUGGGAUGAGAAGAUGGAGUUUUCCAGGGUAAUGCAGAGCAGUAAAGGCGAGAAUGGCACUGAGGGCAAACAGAGGACUGUCUAUCAGACCCUCAAAGCCAAAGAAAUCUGGAUAAAAAACCCUUUACCUGAGGGAGCAGAGAACAUGUAUUACUUCUCCUCACUGGCCUUGACACUCAAUGAAACUGAAGAGGGAGUGGCACCAACAGACAGCCGGCGUCGCCCUGACCAGCGGUUAAUGGAGGAGGGCCGUUGGGAUGAGGCUAACGCAGAGAAACAGCGGCUAGAAGAGAAACAGCGUAACACCCGUCGAGAGAGGGAGAGGGAGGCCAUUAAAGCAGCCAGCUCACCAGAGGAAGGUGCCCAUCAGGACAACUACCAAGCAAUGUGGUUUGAGAAGAUAGACGACCCCGUAUCCGGAGAGACCUUGCAUGUCUACAAGGGUGGCUACUGGGAGGCAAAGGACCAAGCCAGCUGGGACAUGUGCCCUGACAUUUUCUGAUCCCAGCCGAGUCAGCCCGUCUUCCUCUGUGGUGUACAAAUGAGAAGAUGGUAAGAAGUGACCCACCUUACGUCAGCUAAAGUGGGGAAUCAAGCCUGCCAUCAACCUAUCUUCAGUGUCUGCAGCUUCAUCUGAUCACCGCACUCAGCUCCCCUUUUCCCGCAGUGAUUUGCUCAGGAUUGAGGGCAUCUGGACUUUACCCUCAACGUAGAUACAAUGCACAUUGUAGCAUUGUUGUAACUUUGCAGCUGAUUAGCGUUCAGAAUUCCCUCUCACUGCCUCUCAGUCACUGAUCUUUAUCUUUGGUCCUCUGCUUGUUGUUUGGUUCCAUGGUACAGCCUUUGGUUUGCAUUUGGCAGGUAUUAAUAAUAGUUUAUUCUGAUAAUUUCAUUUUGCAUUAACUUUUAAUGCACUUCUGUCAAAGGCAUAGUUCAUCCAGACUACUUUCAACAUGCAGAACAAGGUUUGCUUAGAUAGAGUGACCCACGACCUGACGUCUAAUUUAUGUGUUUGUUUCUGUUGUGCAUUCCUGAUUCUGAUUCUGAUUUAGCAAUCGCUUUAUUGCAGCUUCCUCAGCACAGCACCACUGUAAGUCAAAGUUUAAUUAUACCCAGCAUUUUUAAUGGUUCACUGUACCAGUUCCAGAGCACAUCAGGUGCUUAGAUGUAUGAGCUUCUGUGGGUUUGACAAAAAAGAUAUAGGAACUGUUUCUUAAAGAAGUAAUCGAUGGAAUAUUUCAGCAAUUCUUUUUGGACUAUAUGAAUAUGAAGUUUGCCUUUGAAUUUACUGUGUUUUGCAGUACUACUUUAAUCCCUGGAACAACAUUACAUCUACGUAUUAGCCUUUUUUUCCUCCAUUUUCUGUCACUCGACUAGUCCCCGAUAGUCCCAUGAUCCCCCUGAAUACAUGUCAGUGGCGAAGGUGAAGAGAUUAAGAAUGUAGUCUCAGUACUUCGUUCCAUAUAUGAGCGUUUUUAAAACCUUUUUUCACUAUAUAAGAAUUACAUUACAUGUUUUUUCUAUUCUUUUUUUUAUUGAGGAAGAAUAAUUUUGUGUGAAGGACAUUCAUUUUAAUAGAAUAUAUGUUCUUUAUUUAAGAUGAUGACUUUGACUACUAUAUGAAUUAAAAUGCUGAUACCAAGCCAAUUUGUAUAAGUACCAAUGAAAAUAUGAAGUAUAAAAAUACCAACGGCACUAUUUCCAGCAGUGAGGGAGAAUUCAGAAGUUUGUAUUAUGUUUUUUUUUAUGUUUGAUUUUUCCUCCAACGCUUCAUUUUUAAGAAUAACACUUAACCUGCGAAGCAUCUGUCGUGUUUGUGAGACACCACGCCCCAAAAUACAAGGCAACAUCACGUUCACCCUCCCUGACUUAGAGGUUGGGUGGGGAUGCAUUCUUUGUGUGAAGGGGGCGUGCUGGAGCUAAAAGUGGGUGUUAAGUUGUUCUUUAAAGAAUGUAGCUGCUGGUUGCUGAGAGCAAAAGCCUCAUAAAAUGAAAUCAAAUUUUGUAUAAGAUUGAGUCUAAUCCUUAAAUUUAAGAUAUAACGUGUCUCUUUAGAUUCUCCACCCAAGUACACACAUUUCACACUUGUAUUUUCAUACCUAAAGUUUGUGCUCUUACUACUACUUGGAUCAACCAGGUAUUCAAAUCUGCUUUUAAAGUAAAUGUUGAGACUGAACAGUUGAGAUGAAUUUAAGAGCAGCAGAGUUGUUGGUUGGUUUCCCUCAGAUGUGUUUAUCAUAGCUUUAAUCUUGAUUUUAGGAUACUUUAGUCUUUGUGUGGUGCAAGUGUAGACUUUUAACAGAAAGCAAUAAGAGUGCCUCAGUGCGUAUACAUGUGGCACAAAAUGAAACGUGUGAAGCGAGAACUAAAACUCAAUUCUGUCAUCGUGUUCGUCUCUUUUGUUGUUUGUCAUGUGAGUGGAAGGACUGUGUGGUUGAUGAAAAUCUGAAUCUCAUUUUAUAUUCAAGUGUACUUACAAGGAGAACACUGAAAAUGAAGAUCACAAAACAAUGUUGCAAAUAUUUCUGUGUGAAUAUAUGAAAUAGUAAAGUAAUUGUGAUAUUGACUGGUUGUACUGAUAGAGAAUCUGAUGGUGGUGAUGCACUUUUGUUUUUUGUUUUGUUUUUUCUCAGAACUGGAUGCAUUUCAAUUGUCUUAGCUGAUUGUAAGAGUCACCCUUCACCAGCUAGGACAGCUUUUGCUCUCUGAACCAUUCCUUACUAUGAAUUACUGUUGCUUCAUACAUCAUUUCAACAGAUGAAGAAAAGUGUGUGUGAGGAAUGUACAGCUUGCUGCUACACCUCAUCUCUGAAAUUACAGAAUGAGUUCAGUUCACACCGGUUUCUGUCUUCUUCAGCAUAUGUGUACAUUAAUCUUGAUUUUUAGCCACCACUCUUAUUUGCUUAAGUUCGUCACUCCAUCUGUGUGUUUUUAACUUUUUUGUUGUACCUUUUUUCACUCCUCGUCUUCAGUGAUGAUUCUUGCCCUGCACUGUAAACUGUCCACAAUUCAUAAAAAUUGACUGAAGGCGUUCUUGCACUUACGUACAUUACAUCCAUUAUGUUUCAUACAGGAUUUGACUGAUAGCUUUUGAUGCUGGCUACUGAAGAGUUUGUCAUUUCUGAGUUUGUUCUGAAAACUUUUCCUAAACCAUGUUCAGUUAUUGCAAACAUAUGUCCAUUAGUUGAAUUGCCUCACUGUUCUGAGCAUACUUUCCACCUUUUAUGUCCUUCAAUGCAGUUUUUUUUUGUUUGUUUGUUUGUUUGUUUAGCAGGAUUGUAGAGGUUGACAAUAUUAAAGUGUGAAUGGAGAUGAAG